AUGUUAUUCACCGGUCUUUUGGGCCUGCUAGGGUUUGGGAUCGUGUCCGCCGUUCUUUGCGGCGAGGGCGCGAACAGGUUGGAGUCAGUUGACCUGAGCCCAAACGCAAAGGCUGCCGCCCAGAUAGCCAUGAUCAUAACCAUGUCGUGUGUCUUCGCACUCGUUACAGUCGUGCCGUGUUUGUCAAUAUCCAUUCCCCAUAUUUGGGAAUUUUUCGUUCUUCUCAUCUGCCUAGAAGGAUUUGGAAGCGGGGCGUAUGCCGUUGCAGUAGCCAGAACCAACGUGGAUAAGGGCUCCUGCGAUGAGUACCUCAUGUCUGUUGAUGCCUGCUGGAGCGGGUUACGGAUGGUGACGACAGGCGGUGUGUUCCGCAUACUGCUUCUUCCACUGGGGAUUAUCAUAGGAACCGGUUAUUUGAUGCGUUUCAAAAAGGAGAGGGUUGUCACCUUUCACGGUAUCGCCUACAGGGGGCGGUCGAUAGUGCGAAGCAUCUGA